UCCCAUUUGGGAUAGACCAAUCCAAACCGAGGCUACUGGUAGAUCUAGCUCUCUGUGAGUUUGACACAUUCUCACAUUGUCGGUAGUGUUUCGUGCGUUCAGGGUUUAACACAUAAUUAAAGUAAUUGUAUGCUUUUGUAAAUCGGCUUUUCUAUAAAAACAACAAAUGUCGGAUAACGAUCACCAAACCAUCACCAGGGUCACUUGCACGGCACCUGUAAACAUCGCGGUCAUUAAAUAUUGGGGGAAACGUGAUGAAGAUCUUAUUCUGCCAAUCAAUUCAUCACUCAGUGUUACUCUGCAUCAGGACCAACUCAAAACAACCACAACAAUUGCAUGCAGCAGAAGUUUCCGGGAAGACCGCAUAUGGCUUAAUGGCAAAGAGGAGGAUGUUAGCCACCCCAGACUGCAGUCAUGUCUGCGAGAGAUUCGACGGUUAGCUCGCAAGAGGCGGAAUACUGACAAUCCCACUUCAGAGGUCACCAGCGUGUCCUAUAAGGUCCAUAUCUGCUCCGAGAAUAACUUUCCCACCGCUGCUGGCCUAGCCUCCUCUGCGUCUGGCUAUGCCUGUCUUGUGUACGCGCUGUCGCAGUUGUUUGGGGUUGAGGGCGAGCUAUCUGUGGUGGCGCGGCAGGGCUCUGGCAGUGCAUGCAGGAGUCUGUACGGUGGAUUUGUCCAGUGGAAAUUGGGUGAGCGUUCGGACGGGAAAGAUAGUAUCGCUGAACAAGUGGAACCGGAGUCGUAUUGGCCAGAGGUCAGAGUAUUGAUUCUAGUGGUGAGCGCUGAGCAGAAGUCUGUAGGGAGCACGUCUGGUAUGCACACUAGCGUGGAGACGAGUCACCUUCUUAAGUGCCGGGCAGACGUUGUGGUGCCUGGUCGUAUGGAGCAGAUGAUCGGGGCUAUACGUCAGCGAAACUUUGCAGUGUUUGGGGACCUGACCAUGAAAGACAGUAACCAGUUUCAUGCCACCUGUCUGGACACAUAUCCGCCAAUAUUCUACCUGAACGACAUCUCCCGCAAGAUCAUCAGCCUUGUGCACCGUUAUAACCAGCACUACGGAGAGACCAGAGUGGCCUAUACUUUUGAUGCUGGUCCUAACGCUGUGAUAUAUACCCUACAAGAGCACUUGCCCGAGUUUCUAAAGGUGGUACUCCAUUUUUUCCCCCCAGAAGUCAAUGGAGGAGAGUUUCUAAGGGGGCUUCCUGUGAAUUUAACUCCACUCUCUGAGGAGCUGAAGAGAGAGAUUAAGAUGGAGCCCACACCCAAGGGCAUUCACUAUAUAAUCAGCACUAAGGCUGGUCCUGGACCUUGUACGGUGGACGAUCCAAAUCUUCAUUUGCUGGAUGCUGGUGGGCUGCCCAAGAAGAAUGCCUGAGAGAUCAACCACAAUAUUAUCGCAAUUUGCAAUAGUUGCAUAUUUUUAAAGGACAUACAUUUAUUAAAUUGUGUAAAAACAUGUACAUUUUAGUUAUUAAAAUUAUUAUUUUUAAGAAUGAAA